AUGAUCGGCGUCAUCUUCUUGAGCUUGAUUGGCAUCUGGCUCAUAUCCAACUUUUACUCCCUAUUACGAAACUACCAGGCUGCACGUCGGGCAGGAAUCCCCAUCUUCGUUGUCCCAUGGAACAUGUACAAUCCACUAUGGAUGAUCCCCUCGGUUCCUCUACAACCCUAUCUGCAAAAGUACCUCCCCUCGUCAUGGUACGAACAUAUCAACGUGGCGACGUAUGGGUUCGAGUUUCGCAACGCCAGAAACAGUUUACACGAUAAAUACGGCGACGCCAUCAUUCUGGUAACUUCAGGUCCCAUGGAACUGUCUACCUCCGACCCAGAACUAGCAGCCGAAGUGUUGAAGCGGCUCAAGGAGUUUCCUCCCACGAAGCAAACCGGAGUCAUUAUGAACAUUUUCGGACCUAGUAUCUUGACGAGCGAAGGAGAGAAUUGGGCUCGACAACGGAAACUCAUUGCACCGAACAUCAAUGAGAAGAUCUCGGCUUUGGUGUUUGGAGAAUCGAUCAGUCAGGCUCGGCAGAUGUCAGAGUCAUAUAUGAAUGAUUCCAAUGGCGUGACCAAUACGACCAUGCAGGGCAUGAAGGCCAUUGCUAUGAAUGUGUUGGGAUUGGCCGGGUUUGGGAUUCAAAUGCCGUGGAAGAGUGGUGAAAAUGAACAACCUGCUUAUGGCCAUCGUCUGACAUAUAUGGAGGCCACUAAGAUUGUGGUGGAGAAUCUCGUCGCCGCCGCGGUUUUCCCUGCACGCAUGCUUCUUCUUCCGAUCUUUCCUCCGGCGUGGCAGAUGAUUGGACACGCGAAGAAUGAGUUCCCCAUUCAUACGAGACGAAUGUUGGAGCAAGAACGAAUUGUUCAGGCGAGUGGGAAAGAGACCAGGAGUAAUCUCAUGAGUAAGAUGGUUGAAAUGGAGGAUAAGAAGACAAAUUCCGACAGCAAAACAACAUUCAAAAACCAAUCCUUGUCUCAAGAAGAAAUAGAAGGAAAUCUUUUCGUAUUUACGUCGGCUGGAUUUGACACAUCGGCCAAUACAAUGGCGUAUGCAUUGGCACAAAUGGCUACACACCCUCAAUGGCAGGACUGGUUGUACGAAGAGAUCCACGCGGUGCUCGGGAACAAGUCCAUCGACAAGCUCGAGUAUAAUGAGAUCUUCCCAAGACUCCCGCGUUGUCUUGCACUGUUGUUCGAAACCAUGCGUCUCUUCCCACCAUUGACGCACAUUUCCAAACAAGCGCAUGAGGAAGGCGAUGUGACGGUGACCACACCAUCGAACCGAACAUACAUCAUUCCCCGAAAGAGCAUCGUAUACGUCAACACAGUAGCCAUUCACCGCGACCCCAAGAUCUGGGGUAUGGAUCCGCACACUUUUAACCCAGCACGGUGGCUGAUUGACCCACUCUCGCCGCCGGGAACGUCGACAAUCACAAACGUCCGAACCAUGCCCCGAGGCACAUUCCUGCCAUGGUCUAUGGGUCCUCGAGUCUGUCCUGGGAUGAAGUUUAGCCAAGUCGAGUUCGUCGGUGUGUUCAUGACAAUCUUUGCCGAGUAUCGCGUGGAACCGGUCAAGUUGUGGGAUGGUGAGAAUGAGAAGGAUAUAACAGAGAGAUUUGAAAAGGUCAUGAUGGAUAGUGCACCGAUAAUGACUUUGCAGAUGACAAGAAAUCAAGAUUUGAAGGUUAGAUGGGUGCGGAGGUAGGUAGAUAGGAGGUCGAAGGUAGUGAUGGAUUCUUGGCAAGACACAGGGUAU